UUUUGAUUACUUUUCCCUGUAUUGCCUCGACGCGUACGUUUUGGUGACAUGUUCCGGUUUGGAUCGGACAAGUUUGUGAUUUUUGUCUCGAGUUUAUGAUAGCUAUGGUGUGAACACUGUAGUUUGCUGGAUCUCUCUGGUUUGGACUGAACUUACUCGUUUUUUUUACUCCAGUCAUAAUUUUGCGGCAGUCAGAAUUCUGACUUAUUUGCUAGUAUAUUUCGGCCUUUUCCUUCAGUUUUCAAAUUUCUUAUUAUGCUGUGGUUUGCUGUGUGUUUACACUGUAAUGUUUUAGCAAAGCUCUUUGUAGAGCAGAUUAACUGAUUUAACUUGUGGGAUGGAAUGUGAUUAUGGAAUUCGUAUGGAAGGAGUAAACUGCAUUUGCGAUGAGUCAGUUGCUCUCGAACGCGGUGAUUUCUUCUUUUGGCAAAGUCUUCAGGUGGAAAAUUUACAGGUUUCCCCAAAAAGUGGUCUUGGCCUUUUCCUUUGAAAAUUCUCAAGCAAAAUAUUGUGUUUUAGUGGUGCUUAUAAGGUUCUGUGACUAAUCAUCUAUCUAUAUUAUAUUAUGAAGAGGGAGCACCAGUUUGGCGCCUUUUAGGGGGGUUCACAUGUUGAGAUGACAAAUACGCCCUCAGAAAUUUUGGUUAUUUUUUGUUUCAAGCGAUUUUGAGAUAUGUAGUUACUUAUAAUUGUAUCCCACUAUUAUUGUUUUUAUUAACUUUUUUCUUAUGUUUUCAGAGAGAAAAAUGUGAUAAAUAAAAAGAGAGAAAGAGUGUAUGAAUUCAACAUCAGGAUUAAGACUUGUAAUUUUUGCUAUUGUCAUAGUGUAUCUAACGAACAAAAUGUGUGAAGUUAAUAAAAUAUAAAAGGACACUGAUUUAGCAUUCGUAGUGUCUGUCCUUUACCUCUAGUCAAUGUUUAAAGUAUUGAUUGUGAAUGAGGUAGCAUCACAUUAGUUAGUAUUUUUGGUAUGUACUCCAAAAGUGGGUGUUUGUUUAGUGUAAAAUACUUUCUAAUUUUGUUGUUUAAUGUUGCGAUCAAACAACAAAACUCUAGGGUAAAACAGGAUGAGUUCAAUCACAGAAAACUUACCUUUGUGUCUGGAAGCAUACACACAGAUACACACAGAAAAUAUGAAACGUAAACAGAAAAGAAUAAAGGAGAGACAAAGGUUUUUACCGUGGUUCACCUCAAAAUGGGACUACGUCCACGUUGAGUUUCGGUGAGAAGAGAUCAUUGCACUACAAUGAAGAACGGAGAUUACACUCUCAAAUCACUCACAAAUACUCUCUGUACACCAAUGGUUCUCUACCAAAAUGCCCAAAUAAUCACAAAUACAGAUUAGAGGCUGAUCCUAUAGAACCAGAGAACACGAAAAGAAAAACUAUACAGUGCAUUUAUAGAUCACGAGAAGGAACCCCCCAAAAAAGUCCUAGUCCGAAGACGACAACUCACCCUCUCUCCCUCUAUCUUCCUUUUUCAUUCGUCUUAUCGUUCAUAACUCGAGGAGAGAGCUUAAUAGUGAUUUUUGACGGCUGAGAUGGAGUCUCAUAAAGCUUGGAUGAGUGGCUGAGAUCAGAUCGUGCAACAGGAUCAAUUAUUCCAACAGAAAGGCAAUCGGGUAUCUCAAGGACAGAGCUGAUGGUUGCUGCACGUAGCCAUCCUAUUUGCUAAGUCACACGGCACCGUUUGGUGCUUCAAUAACAUUAUUUAAUUACUGGAGCAUGUAGCUGUCCUGUAUCUGUAUUUCAUAAAAGAAUAUAGUUCUUGUUUUGAAUCGAGUAAGGGAGGUUUUGCAGAGGAGGAAGUCAUGAAGAGACGAUCAGAUAGAAGUUUUCCUGACUGGUUUAACGAAUUCGGCAUUGAUGGCGGGCCUGCAGCAAAGUCCCUGAGACCAAAGUUCAAUGUUUUCUCAAAACAUGUGUCAAUUCAGACUGGGCUGCAAGUGCCGGAUGUAGAAAUCAAAUAUCUAGUUGCUGCAGCUAUAGCCUUGAAGGGUCUUGGGAGCCUUCUUUUCAUCUUUGGCAGCUCUCUUGGAGCUUAUCUUCUGCUUCUACACCAGGCUAUUGUUACUCCAAUCUUAUAUGACUUCUACAACUAUGAUGUUGAUAAGAAAGAAUUCACUCUGCUUUUCGUCAAGUUUACACAGAGCUUGGCAUUGUUGGGGGCAUUGCUUUUCUUUAUCGGCAUGAAGAACUUAAUACCACGGAGGUUUAGAAAGAAGGCCCCAAAAACUACCAAGACAGCUUAGAAAAGAAUACUAUGCCCCAGUCCUUGGUUGCUCAAUGAUACUCUAUCCCAAUGCUGCUCCGGAUGCAGUUUCCUGUUAUUCAUUUUCUUUUCUCCGUGUUCAUCAUCUUUCUUUGUAACAUUUGGUGAAGUUCUAAUUGGGUUUUAUGGAAAUUUUGAAUCUAGUUCUGGGGGA